AGUUGGUAUAGUGACUCAGUUCUUUCCGAGAAUCAUUUUUAUUUCUUUACAAAUGGAUGUGUCAAAUAAAAUAAAUCCGCUUCGUUUAUUGAUAAUCAUUUAAGAAUAAUUUAAUUGCUGAUACCAUAAAUUAGAGAUGGAUCUGUGGAAGUUGAUCGUCUUUGCUUCGGUUGUAACGGGGAUUUCUCGGGGAAGAACAGUUUCUUACGAAGAAUUAGUUUCCUUGAGAGCCGAUUGCGAUCCGAUCGAUAAAUGCAACACCACUAAAGAAAACCUGGAAGUGCCAUCGAGAAGUUGUCAAUGCGACGAUUCGUGUGCCUUCUACGGAGAUUGUUGCUUAGAUGCUCCAAAUCGUCAAGCUAUGGAAAGGAUGAAGACUCGCAACAUUUGCUUGAAGAAAAAUAACUUUCAGGGUUAUUUUGCAGUAUCUAACUGCAAAAGAAAUUGGAGAGAUUUAGAAACAAGAAGAAAAUGUGAAAUUCCAAAUGCCGAAAAUCCAUACACGUUGAUACCAGUUAUGAGUCAAAGAAGUAAAAUCACCUACAGAAACCGUUACUGCGCUCGCUGCAACGACGAUAAUCGAGAUUUAGAAUUUUGGAAAAUUGGCGUAACGUGCUCGCAAUCGGACACAAAUUCCAGUUACGAUUUUCAGAACCAUCUCGUAUACGAUUCUCGCUUGAGAACGUGGGGUUUGAGAACACCGGAUCAAACGUUUGUAAGAUGUAACUUGAACCCCGUUCCACCCGAAAAUACGCAGCACUUGAGGUCUUGUUAUUCGGACACCAUAUCCACUUGUCCUCCCAACUGGAAGGAUGAUUUUAUUAGAGAAAAAUGCGAAUCUUAUACGGCCGUCAUCUUGGCCGAUCACAAAACUAAAAAGUACAGAAACGUGCAUUGCGCCAUUUGCAACGGAGUCGGCGUGAUGGAUCUCGAUUGCUUGCAUCUUUUUAGCAGAGCGCAAAUUGACGGUACGCCGAAUAUCGUUUGCCUCUUUAGUGUCGGCAAUUGCACCUGCGAAAACAAAGUUCACGAUAAAGCAUUCGGAAAAUGUCGCGAGCUCACUUGCGGUUUGCCUUUUCUCGAACUUAGAGAUGGUAAAUGCGUUCGAAAAUCAUAGAAAAACACGCCUCGUUGGCGCUGAUUUAACCAUUUGAAAUCGCAAUAACAAUAAAUUAAAGCUUAUGCAUUGCUUUAAAAUGUAUCUAAAUAUAUAGACCUAUAUAUUACGGAUGUGUGUCACUUUAAAUCUCUUAUAUCGAAACUGUAACGUUUUAUGUUAUGGUUUUUAUGUAUUCUUUAUGAUUGAAUUUUUGAAAGUAAAUAUUUUUAAACCGGCCAUGAUAAUUUCAUAUUAAUUAUUAAAUUAAAUAAAUGCGUAUAAAUCUACAGCAGACUUUUCCAAUAUUAACAAAUUAUGCUAAAGUUUUUAAAUAAUUUCCACGCGAGAUUAUUAAAUUAGCUGUAAUUAGCCACAUUAAAGUGGGUGCUACCUUCUCGAGGGAGGUAGAAGACUCGAGAAAGCGCUGGAAGAUAAGGGGAAACAAAUAUAUAUUUAUUUUAGUGCCCAUAUUCGUAUAUAUAACCUAUAUCCAGCAAAAGACAUUGGGCAAGAUGUAUGACCCGAAAAGGGAAACUUCUGUCAUCUUAACCAUUUUCUUUCCAGUUGUCUUCCAAAUUAUUCCACUCUCUUUGUCUACCCGUUAUCUCAAAAUUUUUACUCUUUCAACACAUUCUGCUCAUCUCCAUCCGUUCUCUUUUAUCUUCUCCACCAUAUCUUUAUUCGUUCAUUCCUUUUUCCGUCUCUUGUUGUAAUUUCUAGCAUUAUUAUAAUUAUUAUUUAGAAAACAUAACUUUAAUUUAAACUCGCUUGACAUAAAGUACAUGAAUUAAAUUGUAAUUUAUUUUUGGGCCAUCCAUCCUAUAUAUGUAUGUGUAGAGAAGCGCACCAACGUCGGACUAUCGAUUCUUUUGCCGUAAUAUUAAAACUAAAAUUGUUUUUUAAUACAAAAAAGUAGCUUGGUUAUUUGUUCGAUAACUUCCUUCUUUAGAAACGAUUAUAAAGUUUUUGUAAAGAGCGUUUUUGAAAUUAGCAAACCGGGCCAACGAUGACGGUUUGGAAAAAGUCCUCGGAUAUAAAUGGAAUUUUAUGAGAAAAUAAAAAUAAAUUAUGGCAAAAA